UUCGGCGGGCGAGUGGGCUCGGCCUGUGCAGCCCGCACCUGCGUCCCUCGCCCGGCCCGAUGGCGCCGCGGCCGCUGGGCCCCUUGGUGCUGGCGCUGGGCGGCGCCGCGGCGGUGCUGGGCUCGGUGCUCUUCAUCCUCUGGAAGACCUACUUCGGCCGCGGCCGAGAGCGGCGCUGGGAACGGGGAGAGGCCUGGUGGGGCGCGGAGGCUGCUCGCCUCCCCGAGUGGGACGAGUGGGACCCCGAGGACGAGGAGGACGAGGAGCCGGCGCUGGAGGAGCUGGAACAGCGCGAGGUGCUGGUGCUGGGGCUGGAUGGCGCAGGCAAGAGCACGUUCCUGCGCGUGCUGUCGGGGAAGCCACCGCUGGAAGGCCACAUCCCCACCUGGGGCUUCAACUCCGUGCGUCUGCCCACCAAGGACUUUGAGGUGGACCUGCUAGAAAUUGGUGGCAGCCAGAACCUGCGCUUCUACUGGAAGGAGUUUGUGAACGAGGUGGAUGUGCUGGUGUUUGUGGUGGACUCGGCUGACCGACUGCGGCUGCCCUGGGCCCGACAGGAGCUGCACAAGCUGCUGGACAAGGACCCUGACCUGCCUGUCGUUGUGGUGGCCAACAAGCAGGACCUGAGCGAGGCCAUGAGUAUGGUGGAGCUGCAGCGGGAGCUGGGCCUACAGGCUAUCGAUAACCAGCGGGAGGUUUUCCUAUUGGCAGCCAGCAUUGCCCCUGCAGGACCCAGUUUUGAAGAGCCUGGCACCGUGCACAUCUGGAAACUGCUCUUGGAGCUUCUCUCCUAGGCUGGAGCUCUCCUGCUCGCCACCUGCCUGUCAAGACCACAGUUGUACUGCAGCUGCUUCAUUGCCAGACCGGGCCUGGGGCAAGAGCCACAUGGCAGCAUUUCCCUUUUCCCCUCCUUUGCCUCUCAAGAGCAGGACCUGGGCAAGGCCAAGAACCAUGCAGAAGCCUUCCUGGUGAGGUGGCCGUGAAGCCGAAGCAGGGAGGCGGGUGAGACAGAGGGUGGGGAGGAUAGUGUCUGGCUCAUUCCAGGCUGGAAUGUGGAUCCAGCUUUCCCUUCUCUUACCUGUACAGUGAGAUGCUCAAUGGGCUCAAUCCUCCACUACAGGUCCCGGUGCCUGAGGAACCAGUGUAGGUGUCAGAAAUAUUCCUAGAGCCUCAAGGUCUCCCAGUCUAGACUGUUCCCUCCUGGUGACGUCAUGCCUUUCUCAUGUGGGCAGCUUCUGAGUGGUGACACAGCAGCCUUUGUUCCCGUCCUGCAUUGUCUAGCCCCAGCUCCACCUAAGUGACUUGUGGCCUUGUGCAAUCUCUGCCUCUCUGACCCCAGGACCAUUAUUUUUAAAGGGAGGUGGUUUCCUAAUUCGGAGAUGCCUUUCCCAGCCAUGGGAGUAUGAAGUGCUAGGAUGAACGGGGCCACCCUAGCAAGGAGCUUUCUGAAGACCUCCCUGCUUUUCCCUGAGCCCAGGCCUGGCCUGCCAGCCUCUCUUGACUACAGAAUAACUGAUAUUCACCCACCAAACAGAAAAAGUGAAGGCUGGGUUUUUCCCCUCUAAUCUGGAGACAAGCUGCUGCUCUUGUACUAACUGCCAGUGCCCAUGUUUACAUAAGUCAGGGGAAGGAAGGAGCCUGUGUCCCUGGGACGACAGUCAACUGGAGCUAGGUGUUGACCUCAGAACUGCAUUUUAUUUAUUAAUUUAUGAGCGGAACAGGCCAGAGUUCUAGGCUCUGUUUCUAGGUGCUGUUAUCAAAACCCCAGAUGAUAGUGAUAGAAAAUUUGGAACUUAGGAAAAUAGCUGGAAUCGUGAAUGACAAUGAGAUAACGCACAGAUGUCCAUGGAGACAAAGUUGUAGGUUCCUCCUCCCACCUGGCUUUGAGGCUGUCGUCGAUAUCCUAGUACUUUACAUGGAUGCACAUGAACUGAAACUCACCACUUGGCCCAGAAUGUUGAAAGAGUGCAAGUUCCUCCUGGGCAGAUAAGAAAUGACUGUGGGAGAGGAUUUCCCUUAUGUGAAUCUAGGUAAAAAGAUGGAAAAAAAUUGUAUUAUGUGAUCCUAAGGACAGGGAUAGCAGACCAGCCAACGGGGCGGCCUUGGGUACAUCACUCAGCCUUUCCAGGCCCAGUUUUUUCCCAGUGAAAGCCAAGUUGGACUGAAUUUCUGGAGUUCUCGUCAGUGCACAUUCCAUAGUUCUCCAGUGCUUGGCGAUCAGCCCAAUUUAAGGACUGGCUCUGUACUGACAUUUAUUAUUGGUGCAGGCAAAGAGGAGCCUGUUGUCUGUUAGGGACCACUACAUCAACAACCACAAAUGGAUUUUUUUUUUAAGAGGAGCUGUGCACCUCAAUUUGCUGUCUAGUUGAGAAUAGAGAUUGUGUGCCUUCAUUUCAUUUGACGUUUACCCAGCAUGCCUCAGUUCCACACCGUGACCAGUGUAAGAAGAGGGACUAUGAUAAAAACAGUUCAACAGGCCGCAAGGAGGGUGGGAAAUUCUGAAGUCCAGAAGCGAGUGUGAUCUUUGGAAUAGUGGCUGCUGUGCCCUUGGGCGCCAUUUAAAGAAUCACUGUCCUUUAAAGUGCUGGUUCACUUUCUGCAGUAAGAAGUGAUUUAUGUGCUCUUAUGUAAAAUUUUAAGGAAUGACUUGGGUUUUAGAAUAGGGUUUGAAACUUUGCUGGCAGCUUUUCAUUUUGUCAUUGGAAGGGUAAGAGACUUUUCUCCUUUGUUCUAUGAACUCCUUGUUCUUCAGUGCUUGAAGGUGUUAACAAAAAAAACCUUAGACAACUUUAACGAAGUUUAAAAAGUAUGUUCUGUUUUGAGCAGAAAAAAGAUUCAUGAACUGGGUGGUACUUAGCACCAAAAGCAGUUCAGAAUGCUCAGCCCCACAAUGUGUGUAGGCUACAUUUAUAGCCAGAGAAACGAAAAUAACUUAGAUUGCCGGAUUGGCUGCAGUCUGGCAUUUGCCUUACCUGAACAUGUUUUAGCAGCCUUCAGCCGAUGAUUGACUGAAGGUUUGGCUACUGUGAUUGGCUAAAAUUCGGCUACUUGUUAGAAGAACAUACUUUUAGGUUAGGUUACGAGUUGUUUACACUUUAAGUUACAAUUCACUGUGUACAGAGGCAGCUUUAGGCCAGACUUAAUUCAGCUUCACAGUGUCCUCCAUUUUGCUCAGCCCCUUAGUUUUGAGAGAUUGACCAAAAUCCCAGGCACUGACACUACCUUCUGUCACUAUUUGACCUCAUUAUGGAACUCACAGUUUACGAUGUCAAAUCAGUUAGAGGAUGCUUUAUGUCUUCUGGUUUGUUACUCUAACCGUAAUGAGACCAUUUGAGGUACAAAGGAUGACUGCAUCGGUGUAUUUAAGACUACAACACAUCAGGGGGGACCUUAGGAUGGCUAUCAGGAGUGUAAUACCAAGGAACUGGAAUGCAUUCCUUAAUAUGAGUCUCCACAAACCAAACCGAUCGGAAUCAAACAACUCAAGUUCAGACGAUAAAAACAGUUCAACAGCAUGCAAGCUCUGUUGCUCACAGCCUGUUCAGGGUAUAAUGGCAAUUAAGGACAUAGUUCACUCUGAAGUACCUGAAUUGUAAAGUGUUUGAUUUUUUAGUUAGCUUUUGGUAACACAAGUCAUAGUGAUUGGGAUACCCACUAAAAGAAACAUGAAGAUUAGAAAACCUUGAACAGCUAAGCUUGCUGCCUACUAUUCAGGAUGCCCGCAAACCAACCACUAGCUGCUCCUGCAAACACAUUAUGUGUUCCUUUUCCCUGAGAAAUACCCUUGAUGUGUUUGGUGGCAGUAUCUACAGAAGCGGCAGCCACCACCACCUUUUUAAGCUCUCCAUAGUAGUAGAAUCGGGAAAGAUAAGCACAGCGUUCAGUUUUGUUCAGCACCAUACACAAGCUCCUAGCUGGGCAAAGGAAAUCUAAAGCUGCAUGAAGUUCGAUUACGUGUUUUUGUUGAACACAGAUGGCCUCAUCCAUCCGUCCAUCUGUGGCUUCUACCCGUGCGAAUCUCUGUGCUACAAAAUUUUUUUCAAUUUAGCAUUAACUUUAAUUUUCAUAUAGCUGGCACCCCACUGCCGCCAAAAGUGAGUCCGCAGGAACCCCACUGGAACAUUUGCUCAGUGGAAAGUAACUAAUCAUCUGUUUCAAGGUUGGUGUUCAUUUUAGUCUUUGACCUCUGAUUAUGGGGACUUUCAGGGAAAGCUGUUCGCAAGGCGAGCGUGAAUCAGGUGAAACAGCAAGAUCUGAAGUCAGGACAGAGUAAGCACAUUAUCCACAGACCUAAUAUGUGCCCUCUGAAACUGGAAAGUGGGGGCCAACUGGUAGCAUUUGAGCAGGGGUCACUUAUGUUCCCCCAUAAGUCUGCACAGCUCCUAAACAAGGUCCAGUGGGGAACUUGUUUUUAUGUGGUCCCUUUAUAGCAUGCUGUAAGGGUGCAUAACCACAGCCAGUGAGAAGGCACCCUACUGGAUUUAACCCAGUGACAUUAUAUAAGCAAUCGCUUGGAGCCACAUAGGUAGUCCCCAGGUCCUGAAUAUGUGGCUCCUGAAAGCAUAGGUGCAGGCAGUAUUCCUCGUGUAGGCAUUACCCGGACAGGUUUUCCAUAUUGGCACUUAUUAGUUAUUAAUUGAAAAGGUCAGGGUACCACUUCCAGCGAGUGUAGGGAAGCAAGCAGUAGUGGUGUUUAGAAUAUCAAGGUUAGCUGCCGGAUGCGGUGGCUCACGCCUGUAAUCCCAGCACUUUGGGAGGCCGAGGCGGGCGGAUCACGAGGUCAGGAGAUCGAGACCAUCCUGGCUAACACGGUGAAACCCCGUCUCUACUAUAAAAUACAAAAAAUUAGCUGCGUGU